ACAUCCCAAUUCCGGACCCAAAAACACUUGUUCCGAAGCAGGCCCAAAUGCCUGUACGGCUGUACCUACUUCGUAGCCGAUACAUAUAAACUUCUCACUGCAACCGCCACUCCCACUAGCCCGGCGCGUACACCCAAAUCCUCAAGUCUACGCGCCACCCCUAGAACUCAAACACCAUGACUCGAGGAAACCGCCAGCAACCGUCUCCGGAGCCCUCACCCACACGCGCCGCCACUGUGAUCAAGCGCAAGCACCAUCUUCAGCAGGAGCAACCCCAUGGUGGUAGUAAUAGUAAUAGCCGCCACGCGAAGAGGCGCAGAAGGAGAAUAUUCUCGGAAUCAGAAACCCUAACCCUAUUACCCGACCCGCCUCGGACCUUACCCGCUUCUAACCGGUUCGAACGCCUGCAUUCUUCGUCAACACCGCGUGGGAAACAUAGGCACAGAAAAUCGAGCGCCAGAGGUUGUAAUAACCGCCAAUGGGUUUUGUCUUCUCGCGAUAUUUCAACGUGCGAAGAUAAGGUUGUUGUCGUUUCAUAUAAUAUACUAGGUGUUGAAAAUGCAUUAAAGCAUCCAGAUUUGUAUUAUAAAGUUCCUCCCAAAUUUUUGGAGUGGGACCGACGGAAAAUCCUUAUAUCUGAGGAGAUCAAUCAUUACAAUGCAAGCAUUCUUUGUUUCCAGGAGGUUGACCGUUUUGAUGAUUUAGACGAUCUUUUUCAAAAUAAUGGCUUUAAAGGUGUUUACAAGGCUCGAACUGGUGAAGCAUAUGAUGGGUGUGCUAUAUUCUGGAAAGACGAACUAUUUACACUUUUGCAUCAAGAAAAUAUAGAGUUCAGGAGUUUUGCCCUUCGUGACAAUGUUGCUCAACUUUGUGUUUUGGAGAUGAUCCAAAAUCAAUCAGAGUCUGAAUUGUAUACUGAAAUACCCACGUCUCCACCAAGUCGAGGUCGAAGAUUACUGGUUGGAAACAUACAUGUUCUCUUCAACCCAAACCGUGGAGACAUCAAGCUAGGCCAGGUCCGAAUCUUUCUUGAAAGAGCGUACGAGCUAUCACAAGAAUGGGGUGACAUCCCAGUAGUAAUUGGUGGGGAUCUAAAUAGCCUUCCUCAGAGUGCAAUUUAUCAGUUUGUGGCUUCAUCAAAGUUAGACACCCACCUUCAUGACCGCAGAAAAAUUUCAGGGCAGCUUGAAUAUCCAUCUCAAUGCAGAGGCUUCAGAUUUCAGAAUGAGAAUCCGGCCAGAUGCACUGUUUUGAAGUCUAUCCCAUCCCCACUGUUAUAUAGAUGGAGUGACGAAGAACUAAGGCUUGCAACAGGUAGUGGAGGAGUCACCCAUGUUCAGCACCAAUUAAAGCUUUCCAGUGCAUAUCAUGGGGUUCCUGGGAGCUGUAGAACGAGAGAUAAUCAUGGGGAACCCUUGGCAACAUCAUACCACUCUAAGUUUAUGGGAACAGUUGAUUAUAUUUGGCAUACAGAUGAACUUGUUCCUGUGAGAGCUCUCGAGACCUUACCCAUUGAUAUUUUAAGAAGAAGUGGAGGGCUCCCAAGUAAGAAAUGGGGCAGCGACCAUCUCGCACUUGUAUGCGAAUUGGCUUUUGCAGAUGAUGAUGUCAAAGGGAUCUGAGUACCGCUGCUUUAAAUCAACCCCUAACUAGGGAGUGUACAUUUUGGAAAGAGAAAUGAUUUCUUGUAUUCUCUUGUCCUUCUCCUAACUUCAUAUUUUGAAAAUCAAUCAUUGGAUUUAUAGGAUCCACACACACGUGUGUCCUGUGCAGGUCUUACAGAUCUAGUGAUUAAUUUUCAAAAUGGGAGGAUGGGAGGGGGACUCAAGUGUACUAAAUAGUCUCUUCUAGAAAGCUCUGGUUUCUUGGAGUUCCAAAGGCUUUGCGGAUGUUUUUUGGCCAUGUUUGUGGUAUUUAUUAGUCAUCAUUUAUUUGGUCCUGCAAAGAUAGGAACUCUCCCUGUCUUACUUACAGGGAAUAUUAUGCAGAAACAGCUUCACUAUUUUA